UCUCCAGUCAAGUCACAGCUGCAGCAUUCAGCAUCUAACCUCCCAGUCAACCAGUACAAAGUUUUGUGCUCUAAGCAACCAUGUGCGACGACGAAGAGACCACUGCCUUGGUCUGCGACAACGGUUCUGGCUUGGUGAAGGCUGGAUUUGCAGGAGAUGAUGCACCCAGAGCUGUAUUCCCAUCCAUCGUUGGCCGCCCACGCCAUCAAGGUGUCAUGGUAGGCAUGGGGCAGAAGGACUCCUAUGUAGGUGAUGAAGCCCAAAGCAAAAGAGGUAUCCUUACUCUGAAAUACCCCAUUGAACAUGGUAUCAUCACUAACUGGGAUGACAUGGAGAAAAUCUGGCAUCACACCUUCUACAAUGAGCUGCGUGUCGCCCCUGAAGAGCAUCCCACUCUGCUUACAGAAGCUCCACUGAACCCAAAGGCUAACAGAGAAAAGAUGACACAAAUCAUGUUUGAGACCUUCAACGUUCCUGCCAUGUAUGUAGCUAUCCAGGCUGUGCUGUCCCUCUACGCUUCUGGCCGUACCACUGGUAUUGUCCUGGAUUCUGGAGAUGGUGUGACACACAACGUCCCCAUCUAUGAAGGUUAUGCUUUGCCUCAUGCCAUCAUGCGUCUUGACCUGGCUGGCCGUGACCUCACCGACUACCUUAUGAAGAUCCUCACUGAACGUGGCUAUUCCUUUGUCACAACUGCUGAAAGAGAAAUUGUCCGGGACAUUAAGGAAAAGCUGUGUUAUGUUGCUCUGGACUUUGAAAAUGAGAUGGCCACUGCAGCAUCUUCAUCUUCCCUGGAAAAGAGCUAUGAACUGCCUGAUGGUCAAGUCAUCACCAUUGGCAAUGAACGCUUCCGCUGCCCAGAGACCCUUUUCCAACCCUCUUUCAUUGGCAUGGAGUCUGCUGGUAUUCAUGAGACCACCUACAACAGCAUCAUGAAGUGCGAUAUUGAUAUCCGCAAAGACCUGUACGCCAACAACGUCCUUUCCGGUGGAACCACCAUGUACCCAGGUAUUGCUGACCGUAUGCAAAAGGAAAUCACUGCUCUAGCUCCAAGCACCAUGAAGAUCAAGAUCAUUGCCCCACCAGAACGCAAAUACUCUGUCUGGAUUGGAGGGUCCAUCCUGGCCUCUCUGUCUACCUUCCAGCAGAUGUGGAUCAGCAAGCAAGAAUAUGAUGAAGCUGGACCAUCCAUUGUCCACCGCAAAUGCUUCUAAAUAUACAUUGUUGUGGAGCACUGUGCUCUGUCUAUAUGGUUAUACAGAAACUGAGAGACAUUAUGCUAUGGAACCUGUAUCUUACUGAGGACUUACAUCAGGUGUAUGAACAUUUUCUCAUUCUUUUACCCUGCAAUCUUCUAUAUACUUUGUGGGUGAUAUUUAUGCAUUUUUAUUUGGGGUACUGCUCAUUCCAAAGAUUGUACAAUCAUAAAACACAGUUAAUGUCAAACUGCGGCUAUGAUGUCAAAUAAAAAAAAACUUCAUGAAAUUUA